CCCAUCUGGCUCUCCCUUGUGGAAAUAGUUAGUAAUUGCAUCCCGGUGUGUCGCAGCGAUUCGCGCAUUCUUAUAACGUCAUCAACCUCAGACGCACAAGAAAGGCAAAGCCGCAGCAAUAAUGCUUUUCUACUCGUUUUUCAAAUCGCUGGUGGGGAAGGACGUGGUGGUGGAGCUAAAAAACGACCUGAGCAUCUGUGGAACGCUUCAUUCUGUUGACCAGUACCUGAACAUCAAGUUGACAGACAUCAGUGUCACAGACCCAGAGAAAUAUCCACACAUGCUGUCUGUGAAAAAUUGUUUCAUCCGUGGAUCGGUGGUGCGAUACGUUCAGCUGCCGGCAGAUGAAGUGGACACUCAGCUGCUGCAGGACGCAGCGCGAAAAGAAGCCAUGCAGCAGAAGCAAUGAUCAGCCAUGGGAUGGGGGUCGGGGGUGGGGGCUUUGUAAUUGUGGAUGAUGACUAGUUAAAGUUUUUGGGUUGAUUUUUAUUUUAAAGACGGGCUGCUCAGCUCAGGCUAUGAGCAGUGUUGGUAAUUAGGCUCUACUUUGUCACAGAAAACGUAAACACAUUCCUGACAGUAUGAUCAAUGGCAGUUAAGGGUCUUCAGUUGAGCCUGUUUGUUUGGUUUUUGGAUGAAAAAAAUCCAGUUAAAUGUAAAUUUGAGUUUAGAGAGAAUGAGUAAACUCUGCUGUGGUGAUUAUGUUGACUAUGACUUGUUAAAAAAAAAAAAAAGACUUUUUUUUUAAUGCCAUUUGGAAAUAAAAGUUAUUUAUAUUUUGA